AUGGCGACCAAGCUUCAUACUGUGCCUUUCCUCAUCAACGGCAGCGAUCACACCAGUGAAAGGGCUGUUGAUGUCGUGUCUCCCGCCAGCGGCGAGGUCGUCCACCGCUACCACAGUGCUGACGUCAAGGAUGCCAAUGCUGCUGUCGAGGCUGCUGCUGAGGCUUUCAAGUCAUGGCGCAAGACAAGGCCUAGUGAGCGCCGGGAUCUCUUUCUCAAGGCCGCCGAGAUUAUGGAAAAGCGACGUGAUGAGCUCCGCAAGUACUCCAUGUCAGAGACUGGUAGCGAUGCUACCUGGGCCGAUUUCGAUAUUAGCACAGGCAUUAGCCAUCUGAAGGAAGUUGCCGGUCGUAUAGGAACACUGGAGGGCGCCAUUCCCACUGUGUCGGAUCCCAACACAACCGCUCUCGUCUUGAGAGAACCUUAUGGUGUCGUUGUAGCAAUUGCGCCAUGGAACGCCCCUUAUAUUCUCGGCACAAGAUCUGUUGUUUUCCCCAUGGCCGCUGGUAACACAGUGGUCUUCAAGGCCAGUGAGAUUUCUCCUCGAACACUCUGGGCUAUUGCCGAUGUGUUCAGAGAGGCAGGACUCCCUGAUGGUGUCCUUAACGUCAUCUUCCACGAGAGAGCCAAUGCUGCAGCAGUCACCGCCGCAUUGAUUGAGCACCCUGAAGUCAAGAAGAUCAACUUCACCGGCAGCACACCUGUUGGCCGUAUCAUCGGUAAGCUUGCAGGCGAGAACCUCAAACCUGUUAUUCUGGAGUUGGGUGGCAAGGCCCCAGCUAUCGUGUGGGAGGAUGCGGACCUCGACCUCGCCGCGCUGCAAUGCACCCUUGGAGCGUUCAUGAACUCGGGGCAAGUCUGCAUGUCUACCGAAAGGAUCCUUGUGCACAAGAAUGUCAAGGACGAGUUUGAGAAGAAGCUGUCGGCAACCAUCGAACAAGUCUUCUCCUCUAAGGCGGACGCACCGAUUCUUGUGGCAUCGGCUCCUGUUGAAAAGAACAAGGCCUUGAUCAAGGAUGCCAUUUCUAAGGGAGCCUCCCUGGUUCACGGAAACCCUGAUGUCGAAGAGUCAAGCAAGACCCGUAUGAGACCAAUUGUUGUGAGAGAUGUCACCACAGAAAUGGACAUUUAUAAGUCGGAGUCCUUUGGCCCUACGGUUUCUCUGAUGGCUAUUGAGACGGAGGAGGAAGCCAUCAAGAUCGCCAACGAUACCGAGUACGGCUUGAGCUCUGCUGUAUUCACGUCUGACCUCCAGAGAGGUCUCCGAAUUGCUCGCGAGAUCGAGACAGGUGCUGUUCAUAUCAACAAUAUGAGCAUUCACGAUGAGAGCGGUCUGCCUCAUGGAGGAGCCAAGGCUAGUGGAUAUGGCCGUUUUGGUGCAUCUGCUGGUCUUGAUGAGUGGACUCGCACGAAGAACAUUACCUUUAGGAAUUGA